GAGCAAAUCCGUCCUCCUUCCCACUCUUUCCAUUUUCACUUUCAUCUUCUCGUUUCCGAAGGCAGAUUCUGUGCAAUCCAUCAAUGGAGAAUCCAAAUGUUCAAGAGAUUCUGGAGAAGCAAGUACUGACAGUAGCCAAGGCCGUGGAGGACAAGAUCGAUGAAGAGAUCGCAGCACUAGAACGCCUCGACCUCGACGAUAUUGAGGCACUGAGAGAGCGGAGGCUUCAGCAAAUGAAAAAGAUGGCCGAGAAGCGGAGCCGUUGGAUCUCCCUCGGCCAUGGAGAAUACUCCGAGAUCCCCUCCGAGAAGGACUUCUUCGCCGCUGUGAAGGCCAGCGAACGCGUUGUCUGUCAUUUCUACCGCCCGAAUUGGCCUUGCAAGGUGGUGGACAAGCAUUUGAGCAUAUUGGCAAAAAAGCACAUAGAGACACGUUUUGUAAAAAUAAAUGCAGAGAAAAGUCCAUUCUUGGCUGAGAAGCUCAAGAUAGUUGUACUUCCAACCCUUGCCCUUAUAAAGAACGCCAAAGUGGAUGACUAUGUGGUUGGAUUUGAUGAGCUUGGUGGGACAGAUGAGUUCAGCACAGAGGAACUGGAGGAGAGGUUGGCUAAAGCUCAAGUUAUCAUUUUUGAGGGUGAAUCAUCACUACAUGCAUCCAAAUCUAGUUCACAACCGAGGAGUGUCCGGCAAAGCUCAAACUCAUACUCAUCAGAUUCAGAUUAAAUCUUAUAUCAUCUGCGAGUUUAAUUGAAAUCCAUUAAAAUUUUGGGUGCUUACUACUCUCAUUUAUGAGUACUAAUGGAUGGUUGUAGUGGUAAGAACCCCUGUAUUAAAGUAAUUUAGCAAGUUUUUGACUUUUUAAUAGGUAAAUCCUUGAUUUCAUGUAGUUUGAAGUUUGGGAAAGUACUGUUUUGUGAUUGGUUUGAGUAUCUGAUACGGGCUUUGUAUGACUACCUUUCUUAACCACACGGUCCACACCUAUAAUAGGCAAAUAUGUUUGGGAUAUUA